AUGUCUGGAAAUCUCAGCACGCCCAAGUCGGCGCUCGGCGGUAUCGCCAGCAUCCCCGGCACCCCUAUUCAUACCAUUCACUCUAUGCGCCGUAAAGGUGCGGGGCACCAUGGUCCUCUGACCAAGCUGCUCGUCGCCAACCGUGGUGAAAUCGCGAUCCGUGUAUUCAGAACCGCGCACGAACUCGCGAUGCAUACCGUUGCUAUCUACUCUUUCGAAGAUCGCAUGUCUGCUCAUAGGCAGCGCGCCGAUGAGGCCUACCAAGUUGGUGCUGGAUUGACUCCGGUUGCUGCCUAUCUUGCUCAAGACGAUAUCGUCCGCAUCGCUCUCGAGCAUGGUGUCGAUAUGAUCCAUCCUGGAUACGGUUUCCUGUCUGAAAACGCGAGCUUUGCGCGAAAAGUCGAAGAGGCUGGAAUUGCCUUCAUCGGACCCACACCCGAAGUCAUCGAUGGACUCGGUGAUAAGACCAAGGCUCGCAACAUCGCGGUUGCGGCUGGUGUUCCUGUUGUUCCCGGAACUCCCGGCCCGGUCGAAACUUAUGCCGAUGCCGCCAUGGGUGGUGGAGGCCGUGGAAUGCGUGUCGUCCGUUCCAUUGAAGAGUUCAAGGAUUCGUUUGAGCGUGCGGUCAGCGAAGCCAAGAGCGCUUUCGGUGACGGUACCGUCUUCAUCGAACGUUUCCUCGAACGCCCAAGGCACAUUGAAGUCCAGCUUUUGGCUGACGGAGAAGGCAACUGCAUCCACUUGUUCGAGCGUGACUGCUCCGAAACCCGCCAGGCUAUCUUGAACGACGCCCUCAAGAUUGCUCGUUAUGUCAAGUACCGCAAUGCGGGCACAGCCGAGUUCCUCGUCGAUUCACAAAACCGCCACUACUUUAUCGAAAUCAACCCCCGUAUUCAGGUCGAGCAUACAAUCACUGAGGAGAUUACCGGGCUUGAUAUUGUCUCUGCCCAAAUCCAGAUUGCUGCGGGUGCAACCCUCGCCCAGCUCGGUCUUACUCAAGAGGCCAUCACCAAACGAGGCUUCGCCAUCCAAUGCCGUAUUACUACUGAAGAUCCGGCUACAGGCUUCCAACCAGACACCGGAAAGAUCGAGGUAUACCGCAGUGCUGGUGGUAACGGUGUUCGUCUCGAUGCUAGCUCUGGCUUUGCAGGCGCCCAGAUUACUCCUCAUUAUGACAGUUUGCUUGUCAAGUGCUCCGUCAGCGGUGCAACCUACGAGGUUGCCAGGCGCAAGAUGCUCCGCGCACUGGUCGAAUUCCGUAUCCGUGGUGUCAAGACCAACAUUCCGUUCCUGUUCCGUCUGUUGACGCAUGACGUCUUCAUCAACGGCAAGACCUGGACCACCUUUAUUGAUGAUACUCCAGAGCUCUUCAAGCUUGUCCAAACCCAGAACCGUGCUCAGAAACUUCUCGGCUACUUGGGCGAUCUCGCUGUGAACGGCAGUUCGAUCAAGGGCCAAAUGGGAGAACCAGGUCUCAAGCAGGAGAUCGAAAUACCCAAGCUUGCCAACCGCGACGAUCCCGAAGGACCCCCACUCGACACUUCAGUACCAUGCGAGAUCGGUUGGCGCAAUAUCAUCGUUGAGAAAGGACCAGAAGCGUUUGCCAAGGCUGUCCGCGAGUACCCAGGUGUGCUGAUCAUGGACACUACCUGGCGUGAUGCCCAUCAGAGUUUGCUCGCCACUCGCCUCCGAACCAUUGACAUGGCCAACAUUGCCAAGGAGACCAGCUGGGCGCUUGCUAAUGCCUACUCUCUUGAAUGCUGGGGUGGUGCGACAUUUGAUGUUGCGAUGAGGUUCUUGUACGAAGAUCCUUGGGAGCGUCUCCGUACUCUCAGGAAGCUCGUUCCCAACAUUCCUUUCCAAGCCCUUGUGCGUGGUGCCAACGCCGUAGGAUACACUAGCUACCCUGACAAUGCUAUCUACGAGUUCUCGCGCAAGGCCGUUGAGAGUGGUCUUGACAUCUUCCGUGUCUUUGACUCGCUCAACUACUUUGAAAAUAUGCGUCUUGGUAUCGACGCGGCGAAGAAGGCUGGCGGUGUCUGCGAGGCCGUCGUUUGCUACAGCGGUGACGUUGCCGACCCCAAGAAGACCAAGUACACCUUGCAAUACUACCUCGACUUUGUUGAUCAAUUAGUUAACGAGGGCAUCCACAUUCUCUGCAUCAAGGAUAUGGCUGGCUUGUUGAAGCCCCAGGCCGCAACUAUGCUUGUCGGAGCUAUUCGCAAGAAGUACCCCGACCUCCCCAUCCAUGUUCACUCUCACGACACUGCGGGUAUCUCCACUGCUAGCAUGAUCGCUGCUGCCGCUGCCGGUGCCGACAUUGUUGACGUUGCCAUUGAUAGCAUGUCCGGUUUAACCUCCCAGCCCUCGAUGGGUGCUGUGUGCGCCGCCCUCGAGCAGACUCACCUCGGAACUGGUAUCCGUUAUGACGACAUCCAGGCCAUCAACCAGUACUGGAGCCAAAUCCGCUUGCUGUACAGUUGCUUCGAGGCCAACGUUCGUGCUUCCGACUCCAGUGUGUUCGAACACGAGAUGCCUGGAGGACAAUACACCAACCUUAUGUUCCAAGCGUCUCAGCUUGGAUUGGGUAGCCAAUGGGCGGAGAUCAAGAAGAGAUAUGCGGAGGCCAAUGAACUUUGCGGAGAUGUCAUCAAGGUCACGCCAUCGUCCAAGGUUGUUGAGGACGUCAUCGAACGUGCUGCAUCCCUUGAUUUCCCCUCGUCUGUUGUCGAGUUCUUCCAAGGAUACCUUGGCCAACCAGUCGGCGGGUUCCCAGAGCCGCUCCGUACCAACAUUAUUCGUGAUAAGCCCCGUAUCGACGGUCGCCCUGGUGCGACAUUGCAGCCCCUUGACCUCAAGCAGAUCAAGGCCGAUUUGCGUGCCAAGUUUGGGAAGCACAUUAAUGAUGCGGAUCUCGUCAAGUACGGCGAUUUGAGUGUUCUUCCUACCCGUUUCUUCCUUGCCAAACCUGAGAUAGGCGAGGAAAUGCACAUCCAAAUCGAAAAGGGCAAGACGCUCAUCAUCCGUCUCAUGGCCAUCGGAAGUGUGGACGAGACUCGCGGACUGCGCGACGUUUGGUUCGAGGUCAACGGAGAGGUUCGUGCCGUUCCCAUCGAGGACAAGUCCGCUGCGACAGAGGCCGUGCGUCGUGAGAGGGCUACGUCAGAGCCUGGCUCGGUCGGAGCCCCGAUGUCUGGUGUUGUCGUCGAGGUUCGGGUUAAGGAAGGCCAGGAGGUGAAGAAGGGAGACAUCUUGUGUGUGCAGAGCGCCAUGAAGAUGGAGAGCGCUGUUUCUGCGCCUGUUUCGGGACACAUCAAGCGAGUUGUGUUUCAGAAGGUGACAGCCUGA